UCAAAUACUCCACGAGGUCUUAAAAAACUUCCUUCUCCACCCGGUAGAAGAUUCUAUGUUGGACCUGAACCGCACACGAAAUUCACAGAAUGGGCAAGAAGUUUUGGUGAUAUUUAUGGUAUAUACAUGGGUCAACAAUAUUGGAUUAUAUUAACUGGUGAUAAAGUUGUUGGUGAACUUUUACAAAAGC